GAAUGAUGCUGACGAUCGUUCAGUCAAGACGAAGAGAGCGAAGGGCCCCCGAGAAAGAAGUCCCGAACGACAGAGGGUCCUCCUGCUGCUGGUCCCUCAAGACAGGUCAUAGACUCAGCUAUGGACACAAGUUUUGAUUACCCCAUCAUCCAGGAAGAUCCCCCCAAAUCCAUUCUGAUCCUAGCAGCCGUUACUCCGGUAAAAGCAGUCGGAAAUGCCUCUGGCAUAGCGCUUCAAAAUCUAGCAGGAAAGUCGCCAAGCCUUUCACCGUUGCUACUGGAAAGUCCCAAGGGGCACCUAGCUGUGGAUGAUAACUCCAGUGACUCAGGUGGUUCCUACUUGUCUUACGAAAGUCCUAGUCAGCAGGGAUGUGACAAAUUCCCCGUCAGCCCACGUACAGGAAUGCCUCCUCCAGAGGAACCACGCAUGCUCAGCCGCGCUGUGAAAAUCAUGAGGCAGAUCACGGCCGACGAUCAACGUGUUCUUGCCCAGGCCACUGCUCUCCGGCGGAGAGCGGCGGGGCUGAAAGAACAGGCGAAGAAUGUCCGGGACGUUAUACGCGCUGAGCGGGGGCGCCGUGAGAGAUUGGAGGCAUACUUCACGUACUGGAGGGAGAUCGCGCCCAGAUGGCCAAAAGAUUGGAUAUACGAAAAAGGCGAGGAGGAUCAGAUCCGAACAGAGCGAGUAUUUAAGGCUAUGACACCAACGCUACUGUCAACAGGACCAACAGGACCACCCACCUUGUCUUUCGACGGAAGAGACGCACCGGACUCGCAUAGGCAGCCACAACAGGAAGCUAAUUGACAGGGGAAUGGGACAACUCCCCUUCUUGCAGAAGACACGCAAGAAGGUAAGCAUUCCAAUCACCUGCCUUCGCCACCGCAGUUGGCCACCAAAGGAAGAGUGGCAAAACGAAAACAUCACGCUUAAAAUGUUCACGAGUCGUACCUUGAGAGAUAAUAUUUUACCAUCAGUCAUAAUACACCCCGUUCUGACUCGGAUCACUCACAUUUACUAUACUUCGCCAUCAGGAAU